AUGCACUUCUUCAGCCCCCGCGCAUAUGAGUCUCAUCCCUGGUUGCUGAGCUUGUUGGCCAUUGGAGCUCUAGCCCAGAACCUCCAAGUACCCUCAACGUGGACGAGUCAAGAGUCAAAUUACAGUCGCCAGGCGCGCGAAGGGCUUGCCUUCGGCGCCGCUACAGCCCUCAUUGACCAGGUCAAGCCAUCUGGUGGUGGUGUCAGUGAUGUGAUUCCCAACGUGCAAUACCUUGCGAGUCUUUUCGGCGGGCUGGCCAUACAAGAUUAUCUGAGCGGGAAUACGUCUUGGGUCAAUGAAGUGACCCAGGUCAUGCAGGAGAACUACGUUAACCAGGGCGUCUACAGCGCUCCACCAGCGACCGGCCAAACCGGAGACGCUAACCAUUGGGCCCUCGCGUUCUACUAUGCGUAUAGGACGUACAAGCAACAGUUCUUGCUCGACACUGCGAUCCAAAUAUACAACAUGACGUACACGACGGCCUUCAUUACUUCCAGUGCCGCCACCAGUGGUAGCGGGGCAGGGCGGAAUAUAUCGUUUGCAUCUCCGAACUGCACACAUGGGACGUUGGCAGGAGGCGUUUUCUAUUACAACGAUCAACCGGAGUCGCUUCAACUGUGCGGUGAAUGCACAGAUACCUUCUUGACAUUAUCGGCCUACCUAUACGAAGCGACGAAUAGCUCGAUCUACUUUGAGGCGGCGCAACUUUCCACGGACUUCAUGUUCAAUUAUAUGUGGAACGGGUCCAUUGUCUACGACCUCCUUUACCUCCCCGACUGCGCACCCUCCCCGAAACCAAUCACUCUCAACCAAGCUGGAUACGUCGAAGGCCUGGCCGUGUGGGCGAAUGUCACUCAAAACAGCACGUUGGUGAAAGUUCUUGAAGAGGUCGUUUCCAACGUGACCACUUUCCCCGCGUGGUCCUUGCACGAGAUACCGGUGCUCACAGAGUCCGGAGGUCUUCAACAAUGGGACUACAACUCGAAGAACUUCUUCAUACGCGGGCUUGCGGAAGCACGUGCACGAAAUCCUGGAUCGGACCUCUCGCGAUACAUCGAAGCAUACAUCAUGAUACAGUUCAAUUCUCUCCUGUCCAAUGCACAAGGCGCACCGCCUAACAACAACUUCUAUGGGACAGCGUGGGCUGGCAGCCCGCCCACGUCGUUUAGUGCGCCCGGCAAUCUCGCCGCGCUGGAGGUUUUGAAUGCUGCCUUCAGUUUGGUUCAGCCGGCGAAUGGAACGAAUGAAACUGCAACCUCCGCAAGUCCUGCCACUACGAGUACAGCCGCGACCGCCACUACCAGCGCACCGAUGAGCCCCUCACGGUCAAACGUAGGGGCCAUAGCUGGCGGCACGGUAGGAGGCGCAAUCCUCGUUGUCGGCUGUAUCGCGGGCUUCCUUUGGUAUCGCCGCCGCCAGACGAGUGCCAGAUCUGCUUCUGCAGCACCCAAUAUGACAUCCUCGGUAUCGCUCAUCGGACGCCAUGACGAACAUAACGCACUCGGCGCCGUCGAUCCCUUUACAAUGUCCUCUCCUUCUACCCAAGUUCCGUCGAAGUGGCGAGACAACUACGCACCCAGCCACAGUGCCGCCGGCCCAUCAUCACCGGUUACUGCACAUUCGUCGCGAUCAACUGCUGCAUACGGAGGCGACAGUGAUCCUGCACGAGGACCGCUGAUUGGAUCUGGACAACGCUCGACGUCGGUUCAGGCCGUUCGGGACGGGACUGACAUGCAAGAAGUGGCACAUGCCGAGUCGGAUGGUCUUUCUGAAGUGCCGGGUCUUGUCGGGCGCUUGUACCACCUACUUAGCCGUCAGGUGGAGCUUCCGCCUGCAUACGCAUCCUGA